GGUACCCGUACUUAGCUGUCAGCUGGAUCCGAGUGAGUUAUAUUUAUAUCAACUCGUGUUGCAGGCAGAGUUUUCCCUUUAAAACACUCCAUAAUGGCUUUUCAGUGUCAACGGGACUGUUAUAUGAAAGAGUUUCUUACCUCUGUAGAAUCCUGCUGCGCAGCUGAGUUAAAGCAAGAAGUCAAUGGAAAGAAAGAAACUCUCAAGGGGUUUAAUGUCAAGCUCCAAGACACCAUCUUGUUUCCUGAGGGAGGUGGACAACCAGAUGACCACGGGCUGAUCGGAGAUGUCCCGGUUUUGAGGGUGACCAGACAGGGACCAGAAGCUGUACACUUUGUGACUUCACCUCUGGAGGUGGGUCAGGAGGUGCAAGUGAAGGUGGACUGGGAGAGGAGGUUUGACCACAUGCAGCAACACUCAGGUCAACAUUUGAUCACAGCAUUGGCAGAUACAAUGUUUGGAUACAAGACCACAUCCUGGGAACUGGGGCGUCAGAGAAGUACCAUUGAGCUGGACACUCCCUGUGUGAAGCCUGCUCAGCUCCAGGACCUGGAGGAAGCCAUUAAUGAAAAGAUCAGAGCUCAUGUUCCUGUCACUGUUCAGCUUCUCUCUAUAGAUGACCCUGCUGUGGAAAAGGUGAGGAGUCGAGGAUUGCCAGAGGACCACGCAGGGCCGAUUCGGAUCAUUGAUAUCGAGGGUAUCGAUGCCAACAUGUGCUGUGGGACCCAUGUGUCCAACCUCAGUCACCUACAGGUAAUAAAGCUACUGGGAACUGAGAAAGGAAAGAAAAACAAAACCAACCUGAUCUUCCUAGCAGGAAACAGGGUACUGAAGUAUGCAGAGAAAAGCUACAGCACAGAGCGCUCACUGGUGUCUCUGCUGAAAACUGGACCUGAUGAGCAUGUAGAAGCAGUUGACAAGUUGCAGAAGUCUGUUAAGCUACUACAGAAAACUAACCUGAGCCUGCUACGCGACAUGGCUGUCCUCAUCGCACAGAACUGUAAGAAUAACCCCCAGGGAGGCAACUUCUUCAGCUUGCACAAGAAAGAGGGAGACAAUGAGUUCAUGAAUAUCGUUGCCAAUGAAAUAAACACUCAGGAAACUCUGGUUUUUCUCACUGUUGGAGAAGAAAAGGGACCUGGUUUGUUUCUGCUGGCUGGACCCAGCAGACCAGUGGCUGAGAUGGGACCACGGGUGCUAGAGAUGCUCCAAGGGAAGGGGGCAGGGAAGAACGGACGUUUCCAAGGCAAAGCCAACAGUCUGGCACGGAGAGCAGAGGUGGAGGCUUUGCUGCAGCAGUACUGCAACCAUCUGACCUCAGAGGAAGAGUAAACCCAGCAACAGCUCAGUACAAAUAAACAUUUUAUAUUUACUAGCCAGUAAGGAUAGUUUAACUUGACUGUCUUAAAUAAGAUAUAUUUUGAUCUUUCAUGUGAAAAUGUAUGUAACUGGGACAUCGGUACAAAAUAUGCUGUACAUACCUGAAUGUUGAAAGUCAUUUACAUUCUGUUAUACAUUUACAUGUGGGAGCUGAAUUACCUUAAGUUCCUUGCUCAAGGACGCAUCAAUCUGCAACUGACACACAGAUCAUGAAAAAU